AUGUCCUCGGAAGACCACAAAUUAUCCCAAGAGGAGAUGGACAUAAUCAUGUCCGAGGUAAGGGCAGGUGAACUAGACUCAUUGAAGGAAAUAUUCGAAGAGAUACCUAAACAGGCGUUACUAGAUAUCAAGGAUGACAUGACAUUAGCCACGCCAAUUCACAUGGCUGCUGCAAACGGCCACCUCGACACACUUCAGUACCUUCUCUCAAUAAUACUGAAACAAGAUGCAAUUAGUCUAACAAAAGCAAAAAAUGAAACAGGAAACACAGCAUUACAUUGGGCAGCAUACAAUGGACACUUGGAGGUGGUUAUACUCUUGGUUGAAGAAUAUGAAGCUGAUCCAUUUGAAAAAAACGAGGCAGGCCAUGAUUCGAUAUAUGAAGCUGAAAACAAUGGAAAAGUUGAAGUGGAGAAUUGGUUUUUGAAAAAGUAUGCCCCUGAAGAAGAUUUCAAAGUUGAAGAAGACGGUGAAAAUACGAAGAUUAGUUAUCAACCUGGUAAGGAGAGUAAAUUGGCUGACGAGAAUGCUAGGGAUGCUGUUUUUGCAGCUAAAGUCGAGACCAAGCAAGAAGAAAAGAAACAAGAAAGCGAUAAGCAGCUUGAGGGUUCAACUGCUAAUUUGUCCCUUGAAUCUUGA